AUACAAUGUCGUUUCUGGUUGGAGCUUUAUUAAAAUAGCACUAAAACAAAUCGAUUCAUCUAUCUGCAUUAAAAUAAGCCCUAACGCGUCCGAGUCGACUCAUCAUCAUUUUCUUCUCUCUCAAACGCAUUUAACUCAGUGCAGAUCGACCAAUUUUUCGUUGCAAAAUCUUUUGUUUUUCCUCUAAUUGAUUAUAUUCGUAUUCGGAUCCAUUCUGCAGAACUGUCGCUGUAUUGGAAGAUAUCGGCUUUUAAUUGGGACACAUCGAAUCUAUUUCUAGCGCAUUGAUUUUCUAUGACGGGAGUAGUGGUGUUCUUGUCUGAUUUUUAGGGAUUGGUGUUUACUGGGAUUUUUGGUCGGGAUAAGGUUGUUACGAGUGCAUAUUGUCCAAGACAGCUUUCUUAGUAUCAUUGGUUGUAGUUUGUGGAAAUAUGAGUUUUGUUUUCCGAGGCACAAGAGGAGAUAUAGAAACUGGAUUUCCAGGACUUGUACCAGAACGGCGUGCAGUGCGUGUACAUCCUGCUCGACCAGUCAAUACGAACUCCCUUGCUUUUCUUGUAACAGUACUUUUGCUGUUCAUGAUUUUAAACUCACAUCAGAUGUCUCCUAAUUUCCUGCUCUGGUUGGUGCUUGGUGUGUUUUUUAUGGCAACAACUUUGAGGAUGUAUGCAACUUGCCAGCAACUUCAAGCUCAGGCGCAAGCACAUGCUAUUGCGGCCAGUGGCCUUCUUGGCCACACCGAACUGCGACUUCACAUGCCUCCAUCUAUUGCACUUGCAACCAGAGGAAGGUUACAAGGUCUAAGGCUUCAGCUUGCACUUCUUGACAGGGAAUUUGAUGACCUAGAUUACGAAACUUUACGUGCACUGGAUGCCGACAAUAUUCCUACUGCCUCCAUGACCGACGAAGAGAUCAAUGCUCUUCCUGUUCACAAGUAUAAGUUGUCCGGCCCUCAAAGCGGCAGCUCAUCAGUGCAGCAGGCUUCUUCUUCAACCUCGGCUGAGAAGAAGCAAGAUCUUUCAAAUGCACAAGCUGGAUUGAAAACAUCUGAUGAUGAACUGACUUGUAGCGUUUGCUUGGAGCAAGUUAAUGCUGGAGAACUCAUUCGUAGCCUGCCAUGCUUGCAUCAGCUGGGCACCAUCUCAUACUUUCCCUUUCAGUUUCAUGUGAAUUGCAUAGAUCCAUGGCUUCGGCAGCAAGGUACGUGCCCGGUUUGCAAGUUUAGAGCCGGAUCACAUGUGGCUCGAGGAGAAGAUGAUGCUUCAGAUAUGGUCUAA